AUGUCGAUGGUGCCAGUGCUACGUGCUGCAUUCUGUUCGUCACGAUUAGGGAAUAUAACCGGCCGCCGACAGAGCUAUAUUGAGAUAUCAAACUACUUUCGAGGCCGAGCAACACCAUGCUCGUUACGUCUGAGAUGCGCCCUCCAAAAGGGUAGCCGGUUGCAUUCCACUAGCUCAUUAAGCGGAGCCGUUCCACUUCUAGAGCAAUACUCAAAGUCAAUUGACUUCCCACCUGCCUCCACAACCUUUGGAAAUCUAUAUAAAGAAACAAAACAUGGCAAGACGGUCAUACUUCACGGUUAUAUCGGUAAACGGAAGAAAAUUGGCAAGAAUAUGACAUUCGUUCGGCUGAGUGACCCUACUCUAUCGCAGAGCGUCCAAAUCGUCGUUUCAAAUUCUCAGGUUCUCGACGCAUUGAAAUCAAUUGAGCCCAAUAGUGCCGUCGCCAUUCAUGGGAUUGUGAAGUCAAAGGAAAACCAGCCUCAAAGCAGUGAGGUAGACGACAAAGAUGGGCUUAACACGGUGGAGGUGGAACUGCAAGAUAUACAAUGCCUCAACGAGUUUCCAAAGGACAUCAUUGUAACUUCUGACACAGUGUUUCCACCCAGCAAACGGCACUUGCAGAUCCGCAACGAUGCGUCUCUCCGUCAGUCGUUGGCUUUCAGAGCCAAGGCAAAUGUAGCUUUACGGCGAGCCUUGGAAGAAUUCGAACCACCAUUCCUAGAGGUCGAGACCCCGAUUCUGUUCAAGUCUACCCCCGAAGGGGCGAGAGAGUUCCUGGUUCCCACAAGGAAUCGAGGACUGGCAUACGCACUACCUCAAAGUCCGCAGCAGUACAAACAAAUGCUCAUGGCGAGCGGUAUCCCGCGAUACUACCAGUUUGCUCGCUGCUUUAGGGACGAGGACCUACGUGCCGACAGGCAGCCAGAAUUUACCCAACUUGAUAUGGAGAUGUCUUUUGCAACCGCUGAAGAUGUCAUGACCACCACUGAAGCGCUUGUCAAGAAGCUGUGGGCUUCCGUUAUGCCUGAACCAUUGGCGCCUGAACCAUUUCCGCGCAUGUCAUAUCACAUGGCCAUGAGCUUAUACGGAAGUGACAAGCCAGAUACCCGCUUCGACAUGAGGCUUCGUCGGGUCGAUCAAUAUCUACCUGGAGAUUUUAUAAGCAAGAUUACUUCUUUAAAUUCCCCCUCUAUUGAUGCUUUCAAGGUAAAAGGGAACGGCUGUCCAAAGGAAACCAUGAGGGUCUUAAACAGCUUCAUGAACACCUCAGAAGGCAAAUAUUUCUUGGAUAACCCCGACGGUGCGCCAGGAGUCUUUGCCAUUGACUCCUCGAAACCAAUGUCUGGGUUAUCGCCCGCAGGGUUCGAAGCGGCGUGGGAGCUAGAGAGGCUUUUCGAACUGGAGCAUGGCGACUUGCUCUUUUUCCAGCCUCGGAAAGAUGAGCCUUUCAGCGGAGGGUCAACCAGGGCAGGCGAGCUGCGUCUGGCCAUGCAUAGAUUUAUGGUUGAAAAAGAAUUCCACAGCCCACCGGUCGGGUUUAAUUUCCACUGGAUUACCGGAUUCCCUCUCUUUUCCCCGUCAGUUGACUCAGAGCCUGGCCAAGGCGGCACUGCUGGGAUAGCUUCAACACAUCAUCCCUUCACCGCACCUCGGACAGCAGAGGAUGCUGCGCUUCUCUUAACAGAUCCUAUCAAGGCUAUCGCCGAUCAUUACGAUUUGGUCGUAAAUGGCGUUGAGCUUGGCGGUGGAAGUCGCAGAAUCCACUCUGCGGCAGUUCAGGAAUUAAUUCUUCGUGAUAUUCUAAAAGUCCCACCUUCUCGCCUCCAGAGCUUUUCACAUCUACUGGAAUGCCUCAGAGCCGGCUGUCCUCCCCAUGCGGGCAUUGCACUUGGCUUUGACAGACUGAUCGCCGUCAUGCGAGGCACCCAAAGCGUACGCAAUGUGAUUGCCUUUCCUAAGGGUAAUCGAGGUGAGGACCCAAUAGUGAAUACUCCCAGCCCAAUGACCGAGGAGUCCUUACGAACCUAUCAUUUACAACUACGAGGUAGUAGCCAGAGUUAG